AGUUUGCUCUGCUGCAGGGUGGUGAGUCCACGUUAUCUUCCCACGUGGUCCGCAGGCGUUUCAACCACAGCCUCACCGGCGCUUUGAUGGCCGCUGUUUAACAGUCGUCAUCCUACAAGUAGUAGCGAGGAGGAGGCGACGCCUCCCUUGACAAAAUGACUCCACACCCAGCGAUGCAGGCCUUCAUUGACCUUUCUGCAGGAGCCAUUGGGGGCGCUGCGUGUGUUUUUAGCGGACAACCGCUUGACACUGCAAAAGUCAAGAUGCAGACGUUUCCCACGAUGUACCGCGGCUUCAUUCACUGCUUCAUGUCCACCUACAGACAGGUGGGUCUGCGCGGGCUCUACCGCGGCACCACGCCGGCACUCAUGGCCAACAUCGCCGAGAACUCCGUGCUCUUCAUGAGCUACGGCUUCUGCCAGCAGGUCGUUCGCUUCAUGGCCGGGCUACACAGAGAGGCCGCGCUGAGCGAUAUGCAGAAAGCCUGCGCCGGGUCAGUGGCGUCCAUCUUCUCUUCACUCGUACUUUGUCCCACUGAGCUCGUCAAGUGCCGGCUCCAAGCAAUGUUUGAAAUGGAGGCCUCCGGAAAGAUCUCCAAAGGUCAAAACACAGUAUGGUCGGUGGUGAAGACGCUGAUGAAGAAUGAGGGCCCGCUGGGCUUCUUCCAGGGCCUGACCACCACAAUACUCAGAGAGAUUCCGGGUUACUUCUGUUUCUUCGGCGGCUAUGAACUCUCCCGCACUAUCUUUUCAAACUACAUGAAAUGUGAAAAAGACCGCAUAGGUGUGGCUGCAACCAUGUUCAGCGGUGGUUUCGGUGGGGCAUGUCUGUGGAUAGUGACUUAUCCCAUGGACUGUGUCAAGUCCCGGAUCCAGGUUAUGUCCAUGACGGGCAAACAGGCAGGAUUUUUCAAAACGUUCUGGACAAUCACGCGUACUGAAGGCGUGAGGGCGGUCUACUCUGGUCUUACUCCCACUCUGAUCCGAACCUUCCCUGCCAACGGAGCAUUGUUUCUGGCCUAUGAGGCCAGCCGGGAAUUCAUGAUGAAGCACUUUGACAGUGAAAAUAAGAGUGCCGUAUAAAAUUUGUAGGAGUGGAGUUAAAUUUUCUAUACAUAGAGAACCUUAAAGUUCCUCCUGAUAAUUAAGGAUCCUGCAGGUUCUGUUCUGGGUCAUUUCUCGCCCCUGUUAACGUUGCACACAACUGCCACAGAAACACUCUGACAUGGUGUUUACCUCUUAAUUAUGAGAA